AAUGAAGUAGAAACUUUAGGGGUAGGACACGCUUCUUUACACAGAGAGUGGUAAGGGUAAGGAAUAGGCUACCUAGCCUCAUUGUGGAUGCGGAAUCAUUGGGAUCCUUUAAGACCUGACAAAGGUUUUUAAACCGAUCAAGUUGUAGUAGGAACCAGACGAUCGCUGAUGUUCUUAUGUACUUGUAUUAUAUUACCAUUUACGGUAAUGAAACCUCACCAAAAGCAAACCAAAAUGAAAAAGAUACAGAAUGUGUGUAUAUUGUUUCUCCAGUGUUUUACAGGACCACUGACUGUAACUCCUGGACGGCAGAAAUACCCAGAAAAAUCAGUGCAGUGAAGGGGUCAUGCGUGAAUAUCCCCUGUCACUUUAACUACCCCGGCCCCAGGCACCCAGCAAGGGAUUUUGUUGGAAUCUGGUACCAUGGUUACUUCACCGCCAUGGUUUACAACAGCAAAGACAUCAGUCUGGUCAAUGCCAAGUUCAGGCAUCGCACAAAACUGACCGGCUCUCUUGAGAGCAAUAACUGCUCCCUCCAAAUCAUUAACCUAACUCCUGAAGACUCGCUCACAUACAUGUUCCGAGUAGAGAUUAAGGGCACUGAGAAGUACACUUACACACAGGUGACUUCUCAGUUGAUAGUUUCAGGGACUCCAGAGAAACCUCAAAUGAAUUGUCCGGGGACCCUAACUGAAGGUGUUAGUGUACCUGUAGUGUGUACCAUAAAAUACACCUGCGUCAAAACCCCCCCUCAACUAAUGUGGAGUUACAGCAAGGGCUCCAUCAACGCCAUACACGAGCCCGAGCAGGGUGGUGUGUGGGAAGUGAAAUCGGUCCUCACCUUCAUUCCUGCUUCCAAGGAUCACUCCCAGGCUCUUCAGUGUCGAGCGCUCUACUCGGAUAUCAAUGAUUUAAUAUCGCCAGGACCCAGCUGCAAGCUUCAUGUGCAAUAUGCCCCAAAAAACGUUUCCGUUCUUGUCCGAGGGUCUUCUGGUGGUAUAAAGGAAGGAGAUACUGUUUCUCUGAGCUGUGUCAGUCACAGCAACCCUCCAGUUUUGACAUACAGCUGGUACAGAGUUAUGAGCCAUGCAACUAUACGGUUACAUGCAGAAGCCAUGGACAUUACAGUGGAGAACGUGACUAGUGAAGGAACCCAGUAUUACUGCUCUGCACAAAAUGAUGUGGGAAUUGGAACCUCUAAACCACUGCACUUGGUGGUUCAGUAUGCCCCCAGACAUCUUUCUGUUCUUGUCAGAGGGUCUGCUGGUGGAAUAAAGGAAGGAGAUCAUGUUUCUCUGAGCUGUGUCAGUGACAGCCUCCCUCCAGCUUUCACAUACAAUUGGUACAGAGUUAUAAACAACGACAAUAUACGGUUACUGGCAGAAACCAUGGAUAUUACAGUGGAGAAUGUGACUAGAGAGGAGAGCGAGUAUUACUGCUCUGCUCAAAAUGAUGUGGGAAUUGGAACAUCUAAACCCAUCCACUUGGCUAUACAAUAUGCCCCAAAAAAUGUUUCAGUUCUUGUCAGAGGGUCUUCUGGUGGUAUAAAGGAAGGAGAUACUGUUUCUCUGAGCUGUGUCAGUGACAGCAACCCUCCAGUUUUGACAUACAGCUGGUACAGAGUUACGAGCAAUGAAACUGUACGGUUACAUGCAGAAGCCAUGGACAUUACAGUGGAGAACGUGACUAGUGAAGAAACCCAGUAUUACUGCUCUGCACAUAAUGAUGUGGGAAUUGGAACCUCUAAACAACUGCACUUGGUGGUUCAGUAUGCCCCCAGACAUCUUUCUGUUCUUGUCAGAGGGUCUGCUGGUGAGAUAAAGGAAGGAGAUCAUGUUUCUCUGAGCUGUGUCAGUGACAGCCUCCCCCCAGCUUUCACAUACAGUUGGUACAGAGUUAUAAACAAGGACAAUAUACGGUUACUGGCAGAAACCAUGGAUAUUACAGUGGAGAAUGUGACUAGAGAGGAGAGCGAGUAUCACUGCUCUGCACAAAAUGAUGUAGGAAUUGGAACGUCUAAACCCAUCCACUUGGCUAUACAAUAUGCCCCAAAAAACGUUUCCGUUCUUGUCCGAGGGUCUUCUGGUGGUAUAAAGGAAGGAGAUACAGUUUCUCUGAGCUGUGUCAGUGACAGCAACCCUCCAGUUUUGACAUACAGCUGGUACAGAGUUAUGAGCAAUGAAACUAUACGGUUACAUGCAGAAGCCAUGGACAUUAUAGUGGAGAACGUGACUAGUGAAGGAACCCAGUAUUACUGCUCUGCACAUAAUGAUGUGGGAAUUGGAACCUCUAAACCACUACACUUGGUGGUUCAGUAUGCCCCCAGACAUCUUUCUGUUCUUGUCAGAGGGUCUGCUGGUGGGAUAAAGGAAGGAGAUCAUGUUUCUCUGAGCUGUGUCAGUGACAGCCUCCCUCCAGCUUUCACAUACAAUUGGUACAGAGUUAUAAACAAGGACAAUAUACGGUUACUGGCAGAAACCAUGGAUAUUACAGUGGAGAAUGUGACUACAGAGGAGAGCGAGUAUUACUGCUCUGCACAAAAUGAUGUGGGAAUUGGAACAUCUAAACCCAUCCACUUGGCUAUACAAUAUGCCCCAAAAAACGUUUCCGUUCUUGUCAGAGGGUCUGCUGGUGGUAUAAAGGAAGGAGAUCAUGUUUCUCUGAGCUGUGUCAGUGACAGCAACCCUCCAGUUUUGAGAUACAGCUGGUACAGAGUUAUGAGCAAUGAAACUAUACGGUUACAUGCAGAAGCCAUGGACAUUACAGUGGAGAACGUGACUAGUGAAGGAACCCUGUAUUACUGCUCUGCACAUAAUGAUGUGGGAAUUGGAACCUCUAAACCACUGCACUUGGUGGUUCAGUAUGCCCCCAGACAUCUUUCUGUUCUUGUCAGAGGGUCUGCUGGUGGGAUAAAGGAAGGAGAUCAUGUUUCUCUGAGCUGUGUCAGUGACAGCCUCCCUCCAGCUUUCACAUACAAUUGGUACAGAGUUAUAAACAAGGACAAUAUACGGUUACUGGCAGAAACCAUGGAUAUUACAGUGGAGAAUGUGACUACAGAGGAGAGCGAGUAUUACUGCUCUGCACAAAAUGAUAUAGGAAUUGGAACAUCUAAACCCAUCCACUUGGCUAUACAAUAUGCCCCAAAAAACGUUUCCGUUCUUGUCAGAGGGUCUUCUGGUGGUAUAAAGGAAGGAGAUACUGUUUCUCUGAGCUGUGUCAGUGACAGCAACCCUCCAGUUUUGAGAUACAGCUGGUACAGAGUUACGAGCAAUGAAACUAUACAGUUAAAUGCAGAAGCCAUGGACAUUACAGUGGAGAACGUGACUAGUGAAGGAACCCAGUAUUACUGCUCUGCACAUAAUGAUGUAGGACUUGGAACCUCUAAAAGACUACACUUGGUGGUUCAGUAUGCCCCCAGACAUCUUUCUGUUCUUAUCAGAGGGUCUGCUGGUGAUAUAAAGGAAGGAGAUCAUGUUUCUCUGAGCUGUGUCAGUGACAGCCUCCCUCCAGCUUUCACAUACAAUUGGUACAGAGUUAUAAACAAGGACAAUAUACGGUUACUGGCAGAAACCAUGGAUAUUACAGUGGAGAAUGUAACUAGAGAGGAGAGCGAGUAUUACUGCUCUGCACAGAAUGAUGUGGGAAUUGGAACAUCUAAACCCAUCCACUUGUCUAUACAAUGUGAGUGUGAAUUGUCUUUUCCGUGUUUGUUGUGCCAGGGUUCUUUUGUCCAUAAAGAGACUUGCACAUAUCUAUUGUACAUGGCAGAGAAGAGGAACCCUGCUUUACCAGCAGUCAUCAUUGCGAUGGACAAUUCAGGUUCAAUUCCUCAUUCCCAGUCCCUGAUGUCAGCCAUCUUGGUAAGGGCACUGCAGGCUGAUGAUGCCCCAAAAAACGUUUCAGUUCUUGUCAGAGGGUCUUCUGGUGGUAUAAAGGAAGGAGAUACUGUUUCUCUGAGCUGUGUCAGUGACAGCAACCCUCCAGUUCUGAGAUACAGCUGGUACAGAGUUACGAGCAAUGAAACUAUACGGUUACAUGCAGAAGCCAUGGACAUUACAGUGGAGAACGUGACUAGUGAAGGAACCCAGUAUUACUGCUCUGCACAUAAUGAUGUGGGAAUUGGAACCUCUAAACCACUACACUUGGUGGUUCAGUAUGCCCCCAGACAUCUUUCUGUUCUUGUCAGAGGGUCUGCUGGUGGGAUAAAGGAAGGAGAUCAUGUUUCUCUGAGCUGUGUCAGUGACAGCAACCCUCCAGCUUUCACAUACAAUUGGUACAGAGUUAUAAACAAGGACAAUAUACGGUUACUGGCAGAAACCAUGGAUAUUACAGUGGAGAAUGUGACUAGAGAGGAGAGCGAGUAUUACUGCUCUGCACAAAAUGAUGUAGGAAUUGGAACGUCUAAACCCAUCCAUUUGGCUAUACAAUAUGCCCCAAGAAACGUUUCUGUUCUUGUCCGAGGGUCUUCUGGUGGUAUAAAGGAAGGAGAUACUGUUUCUCUGAGCUGUGUCAGUGACAGCAACCCUCCAGUUUUGAGAUACAGCUGGUACAGAGUUAUGAGCAAUGAAACUAUACGGUUACAUGCAGAAGCUAUGGACAUUACAGUGGAGAACGUGACUAGUGAAGGAACCCAGUAUUGCUGCUCUGCACAUAAUGAUGUGGGAAUUGGAACCUCUAAAAGACUACACUUGUUGGUUCAGUAUGCCCCCAGACAUCUUUCUGUUCUUGUCAGAGGGUCUGCUGGUGAUAUAAAGGAAGGAGAUCAUGUUUCUCUGAGCUGUGUCAGUGACAGCCUCCCUCCAGCUUUCACAUACAGUUGGUACAGAGUUAUAAACAAGGACAAUAUACGGUUACUGGCAGAAACCAUGGAUAUUACAGUGGAGAAUGUGACUAGAGAGGAGAGCGAGUAUUACUGCUCUGCACAGAAUGAUGUGGGAAUUGGAACAUCUAAACCCAUCCACUUGGCUAUACAAUAUGCCCCAAAAAACGUUUCAGUUCUUGUCAGAGGGUCUUCUGGUGGUAUAAAGGAAGGAGAUACUGUUUCUCUGAGCUGUGUCAGUGACAGCAACCCUCCAGCUUUGACAUACAGCUGGUACAGAGUUACGAGCAAUGAAACUAUACGGUUACAUGCAGAAGCCAUGGACAUUACAGUGGAGAACGUGACUAGUGAAGGAACCCAGUAUUACUGCUCUGCACAUAAUGAUGUGGGAAUUGGAACCUCUAAACCACUGCACUUGGUGGUUCAGUAUGCCCCCAGACAUCUUUCUGUUCUUGUCAGAGGGUCUGCUGGUGGGAUAAAGGAAGGAGAUCAUGUUUCUCUGAGCUGUGUCAGUGACAGCCUCCCCUCAGCUUUCACAUACAAUUGGUACAGAGUUAUAAACAAGGACAAUAUACGGUUACUGGCAGAAACCAUGGAUAUUACAGUGGAGAAUGUGACUAGAGAGGAGAGCGAGUAUUACUGCUCUGCACAGAAUGAUGUGGGAAUUGGAACAUCUAAAACCAUCCACUUGUAUAUACAAUAUGCCCCAAAAAACGUUUCAGUUCUUGUCAGAGGGUCUUCUGGUGGUAUAAAGGAAGGAGAUACUGUUUCUCUGAGCUGUGUCAGUGACAGCAACCCUCCAGUUUUGAGGUACAGCUGGUACAGAGUUAUGAGCAAUGAAACUAUACGGUUACAUGCAGAAGCCAUGGACAUUACAGUGGAGAACGUGACUAGUGAAGGAACCCAGUAUUACUGCUCUGCACGUAAUGAUGUGGGAAUUGGAACCUCUAAACCACUGCACUUGGUGGUUCAGUAUGCCCCCAGACAUCUUUCUGUUCUUGUCAGAGGGUCUGCUGGUGGGAUAAAGGAAGGAGAUCAUGUUUCUCUGAGCUGUGUCAGUGACAGCCUCCCUCCAGCUUUCACAUACAAUUGGUACAGAGUUAUAAACAAGGACAAUAUACGGUUACUGGCAGAAACCAUGGAUAUUACAGUGGAGAAUGUGACUAGAGAGGAGAGCGAGUAUUACUGCUCUGCAAAAAAUGAUGUGGGAAUUGGAACAUCUAAACCCAUCCACUUGUCUAUACAAUAUGCCCCCAAAAAUGUUUCCGUUCUUGUCAGAGGGUCUUCUGGUGGUAUAAAGGAAGGAGAUACUGUUUCUCUGAGCUGUGUCAGUGACAGCAACCCUCCAGUUUUGACAUACAGCUGGUACAGAGUUACGAGCAAUGAAACUAUACGGUUACAUGCAGAAGCCAUGGACAUUACAGUGGAGAACGUGACUAGUGAAGGAACCCAGUAUUACUGCUCUGCACAUAAUGAUGUGGGAAUUGGAACCUCUAAAAGACUACACUUGGUGGUUCAGUAUGCCCCCAGACAUCUUUCUGUUCUUGUCAGAGGGUCUGCUGGUGGGAUAAAGGAAGGAGAUCAUGUUUCUCUGAGCUGUGUCAGUGACAGCCUCCCUCCAGCUUUCACAUACAAUUGGUACAGAGUUAUAAACAAGGACAAUAUACGGUUACUGGCAGAAACCAUGGAUAUUACAGUGGAGAAUGUGACUAGAGAGGAGAGCGAGUAUUACUGCUCUGCACAGAAUGAUGUGGGAAUUGGAACAUCUAAACCCAUCCACUUGGCUAUACAAUACAAGCCUGCAAUCUUGCUACAGUCUUCCUGUGUGCUUGGUUCUGAAGGGGUGACUUGCCACUGCAUUGCAGAGUCAAACCCUCCAGCUACUAUAACAUGGGAGAGUCCAGAUAAUGACGACCAAAUCGCUCAAAAUCCUCAGCCGUCCUCACUCGUCCGAGGUCAUCGAGUUACCAGUACUCUGCAGGGAGUCACAGUUACCCAUGGAGAAAUCUCUUGUCUGGCCACUAACAAACUUGGCAGUGGCUACCGUAACUUUUCAUUGCAAAAGCCUGAUCCCCACACAAAUGUGUUGAUAAUUAUCCCUGCUGUUCUCUUUGGAGUGGUUGUCAUCCUAGUUAUUGCAGUGAUUUACCGUCGUAAAACAAGAAAGACUCUUUUCGUGGUAAAUGAAGAAAAUGAAGACAAUGAUACCACAGUCAGUGUUGAUCAUAUGAUUCUGAAAAACAUGUAGAAGCUCCAGGAAUAGCAGAGCCAGACAAUAACCCCCUACUGGAGAAAAGAAGAUAUUUGGCAAACUUUAUAUUUUAUUUACCAUCGUUGUAAUUAUUUUCUGUUAAUAAUCCUAAACAGUGCAUUUAUGAGUAUUUCUUUGUGUGUGUUUUUUUCUUUAACUGCAGUAAAGCAUGUCGGUGAUGGUCAGGAUAAAAAACACUGUCCUAAACCUUAUCUUUUAUGCAUGUGGUAUAUAAACAUGUGCGCAGUUCUGCCAUCUGAUUCAAAUAAAGUUAUUAAAUAAAAUGUUGCUAAUAACAUUGAUCUGUCCCGUGUGAUGCUAGGAAAUUCUGUGUACAUUCCUUGUAUGAUUUACUACGAAAGCAAACUUCCUCUAGUUCAAGCAAGUUGCAUUCGUGUCCAGAUCUAAUAUUCGCACAAUAUGUAUUAUUGGACAUUUUGAUGAGUAUUUAAUAAAGCUUAGAAAGAUUAUGACUAAC